AUGUCUCGAAAGCUCUUCCACUCGCUCCCGUUCCAGCAAGCCGGCCCCUUCUCGGUUGGCCUCGAUCGGCUGAGCCCAUUGACCGGCGUGGACCUUGCAAACAUCAGGCUGGCCCUGUCGUCGUCUUCGUCGUCCAAUCAGAAGCGGAUGACAACGCCGCGAAUCGAGCCUCCGGCGCAGACGACAAGACACGCCGCCGUCCUGCUCGGGUUGUGUAAUACCGGCGACCGCGGCCCUGGGUUGAUCUUGACGGUACGGUCCCAGAAGAUGCGCACUCAUCCGGGAGAAAUCAGUUUCCCCGGGGGACACCAAGAUCCCCAAAUCGAUCAGUCCCUGCUGGGCACCGCCCUCAGAGAGGCCCACGAAGAAGUCGGCUUGGUUCCCCAGCAGAUGGAGCUCUUGGGCUCGCUGGAGCCUUUGGUCAGCAACUCUGGCUCAACCCUCGUCUGGCCAUUUGUGGUUUUUAUCCACUCGCUUGAACAUCAAUCAGCCUUCUCAACGCCUGCCCCAAUGAUCCCCCGACUCAUGUCACCACUAGCCACGAAGCCACUCCGGUCGCCCGCGCUGGAAGACUUCCGAGGGAAGCACCAAGUCGCCGAGGUCGAACUGGUGUUUCAGAUCAGCCUUGCGGCCUUGUUGGAGCCCGAUAGACAGUCCCCCUCGAGCUUUCGGAACGACCCACAGAGGCCUUACUUGGAGUGGAAUGUCGAGCCGGAGAUCUUCUCCGCGAGGAAUAAUGCCGCGUACACGCGUCCUCCUGAAGGCCCAACCAACACCAGUCCCACAAACCACAAGCUUUGGGGUCUCACGGGCUGGCUCAUUCACUCAUUCCUUCGAAAGAUUCGGCUCUUAUGA